AUGGAGGCGUGGGCGAGGGCGCUGCAGCUGGUCAAGGAGCAAGACAGGCGCGCCCUCGGCUCGGCCUUUGCGGCGGCGCGGGAGCGCCUCUCCGCCAGCGGGCCAGAGAGCCUGGCGGGGGGGGGCCCAGCCUCCGCAGCGGCCCUUGCCGCGGUGCGCCUCGGCUGGAGGCCCGACCGCAUCAGGCGCUGGACGGACGACCUUGGGAGGAUCCUCGACCUGGGCGAGAUCGACAAGCACAUGAUCCACCGCGAGGUCCAGGCCGCCUUCAUCAGGAAGCUCUGGAGGGGCGCGGCGAGCCACGACCCGCUGCUGGGCCACCUGAAGGGCGGCGCGGCCAUCAACAGCCUGAGGAAGCGGCUGGCGAGGCGGUGUGCCGACCACGCCCUCGCUUCGCGGUGGUCCUCGGCCAGGAACGCCAUCGUGGGCUGCCUCUGGCAGUGGAAGUUGGACGACCUCAACAUCCGCUACUUCUACGACACGGGCGGCCCGCUGGACUCGGACGCGGAGCACGCCAUCUGGUCGCGGUGCCUGGCCCAGGGCCCGCGCAGCGACCUCCCCCUGCCGCUCACGGCGCGCAUCGUGCGCACGACGGGGCCGAGGGCAGGCGAGCCACUCCAUGGCGAGGUUUUCCUGGACGGCUCGGCGAUCCAUGUCCAGGACCGAGUUCCGGCUCGAGCGGGCUGGGCAGCUUGCUCGACGGACCACACGGGCGCCGAG